AUGAAUGGCGCACCACCUUCAGGGGAGGCUCCCAAGGAUUCUUCGCCAGCCAUAUCUUUGAGAAUUCUUUCGCCGUCCUUCGAAUCGAGCCAACGCUUGUCGUUCGAUAAUCUACCGGCCUCCACGACCGUCGCAGAUGUAAAGAAUCUCAUUACGCCUCUGGCUCCCAAUCACCCCACGCCUGACCAACAGAGACUCAUAUAUCGCGGAAGGCCUCUAUUAGAUAACAGUGCUGCACUACAGGAUGUCUUGGAACCUCCUUUGCAAUCUGUGCAUACUUUGCACCUUGUGCUUCCUCCAGGACCUGAGAUUUCAAACAAUCUCUAUGUAGCAUCCGAUAGCACCUUGCGCUACAGAAACGUACCGAACCCAAGUCCCAACCGCAGUGCGUCCCUCUUUACAGCUCCAGGUGUCCCGAAUGCGAUAUCAACAAGUCGUGAUCAUACCACCACGCAGACUGAUUCUCAAGGCCCAGGACAGAAUUCCACUGUACCGCCUACAUCAGGGGUAAAUGUUCCUUCAGUUCAGUCUCGUAUCCCAGCCGGAGUGGGCCAUCCGUCUAGCGAAGAAUUGAUGCGACAAGCUAUAGAACAACAUAGGCGCCGGGCAGAAGAGCUGAAUAUGUUCGUGGACAGAGCGAGAACUAUAAUCAACUCCCAGACUACCCGUAUACGGAGCCAAGCUGGCAACACACUAAAUGCACCAAGAACCGAGAACAUUGGCCAAUUUCCGCGCCCACCAUUGGCCGACAACCCGACGGUGGUACACGGGGCGAAUGCGCAGGCACCUUCGGCAAAUACACUCAACAUACAUAAUGUUCUAAACAACGGAGUGUCGCAAAAUUUGCUUGUAGCCCGUAUCACAGCCCAGAUCAUGCUCUUUGAGCUCGAUCUGGAUCGAGGUGUAGCUCCGUCCAUCGACUCCAUUGCGGCGGUUCGCAAUCAGUUAUACGCUAUUUCCGACGCUCGCUAUCGCCAACCAAGCAUCGCCACAGGAGAUUUCGAGGGGCUUAUACAGCGGUUGCAAAAUAUAAAUGCUCGUGCUUUUCAGAUCCGUCAAUCAGAAUAUGUCCGCCGCUUAUAUUCAAGGUAUACCACUCGCGCCGGAACUGCUCCCCAAACGAUCCCGUCUCAUGAAUACUAUCUUAUUACGACAGCCUCUGGAGAGCAGAUGAUGCUUACUGCUCCACCCCCUUCAACAGUACAAGAAGUCUCUCAGGAGACCGUACCUGUUUUCCCGGAUCCAGCACAAGCGGCCAGAGGGAAUGGGAUCAAUGAAUUCGGUUUUGUACCAAACAACGUAAUGCACAAUGUCGUACGAGAGGCAGUCUUGAACCAGCAACCCAUACGAGCUAAUAAUCGUAACGGCAACUUUGGGCAAAAUAUUCGCCGAUUCUGGCUUUUUAUGCGCCUGUUUUUCUUCUGCUACCUUUUCACUGAUUCAGGUUCCUGGGAACGGUUCUUAUUCGUGGCAGUGGCCGCAUUCAUUGCUUUCUUCUCCGAGUCGAAUCUCACAGGUCGGCUAUUCAAUUUUAUUUUGCAGCCAAUUCAACGCCAUCUCGAAGGUCUUAUUCAUGGCGGAGCUGCAGCUGCAGCUCCAGCUCCAGCACAGCAAGAUAACGACCAACCCAAUCAGCCUCGUGCACCUACGGGAGGUGCACAACAAGCUCUACGACGCAUUGAGCGUGCCGUGGCCUUGUUUAUCGCUAGUUUAAUCCCGGGUCUAGGUGAGCGCCAAGUGGAAGUACGCAAUGCAGCCGAAGAAGCAGCGCGCAACGCACGACAGCAGGAACAGGCCCGCAUAGAAGCAGCGAAUGCACAGAAUCAUGUUUCAGAGCAAGAAAAUCCUGUGCUCAAUCAAAGUGAAGCAGCAGCAUCCGCAGGCGGAGAAUCUUCCGGCAAUGCUAACACGCAACAGCCAUAA